AUUUUCCCUCACAGGUUGGGUGCCACUAACUGAGGCAGCUUGGGAAGAUGUUCAACAAGCUGGCUCAGUUUCGUGGCUCUGCUUGUGUGUUAUUUUUUCUUUUCCUUUUCCUCUUUACCAGUGAUCUGAAACCAGUCUGCAAAACCAGUUCGAUUCUGAAGUUAUUGUCAAGUGAGCACCCCUAAUUCUGCUGAUUUAUUGCUGAUAAUCACUCACAAUGGAAACCAAUCAAAAAUGUGGGGAUGGACUGACUGGCACGCAGAAAGAGGCUGCUCUGCGCGCUCUCAUCCAGCGCACAGGAUAUCAAUUACACCAGGAGAAUGGCCAGAGGAGAUAUGGGGGUCCGCCUCCAGGUUGGGAAGGGCCACCUCCAGAGAGAGGCAGUGAAAUUUUUGUGGGCAAGCUGCCUCGAGACCUCUUUGAGGAUGAGCUGGUGCCUCUCUGUGAAAAAUUUGGCAAAAUAUAUGAAGUACGGAUGAUGAUGGAUUUCAAUGGCAACAAUCGAGGUUAUGCUUUUGUCACCUUCAGCACAAAACAAGAAGCCAAGAAUGCCAUGAAGCAACUCAAUAAUUAUGAAAUCAGAAAUGGCCGUCUCUUGGGUGUGUGUGCAAGUGUGGACAACUGUCGCCUCUUCGUGGGGGGCAUCCCCAAAACCAAGAAGAAGGAGGAAAUCUUGGCUGAGAUGAAAAAAGUGACGGACGGAGUGGUGGAAGUGAUAGUUUACCCCAGUGCUGCAGACAAGAGCAAAAACAGAGGCUUUGCCUUCGUGGAGUACGAGAGCCACCGUGCCGCUGCCAUGGCCAGGCGGAAGCUACUGCCAGGCCGAAUCCAGCUUUGGGGUCAUGCCAUCGCUGUGGACUGGGCAGAGCCAGAAGUGGAAGUGGAUGAGGACACCAUGGCCACUGUGAAAAUCCUCUAUGUGAGAAAUCUAAUGCUUGCCACAACAGAGGAGACCAUAGAGAAGGAGUUUAAUGCCAUUAAACCUGGUGCAGUGGAGAGAGUGAAGAAGAUCAGGGACUACGCCUUCGUUCACUUCUCUCAGAGAGAGGAUGCCAUUACAGCGAUGAAGGCCCUGAAUGGAAAGGUUGUUGAUGGCUCUCCGAUAGAGGUGACGCUAGCCAAGCCUGUAGAUAAGGACAGUUAUGUCCGUUACACUCGUGGCACAGGAGGACGUGGUACUGCCCUGCUGCAGGGUGACUAUACCUACACUCUGGGCCAGAUGUAUGACCCCUCGGCUGCCUACCUGGGUGCCCCUGUGUUUUACGCCCCACACGCGUAUGCAGCUCUCCCGAGCCAGUUCCGCUUCCCCACAGCCAAAGGUCAUGUAGGGGCACGGGGGCUGGUGCGCUCGCCUUCUGUCAGAGAAAUUUACAUGAAUGUGCCUGUAGGGGCGGCGGGCGUGCGUGGUUUGGGCGGCAGAGGGUACCUCGCCUAUGCAGGCGUGGGCCGUGGCUGUCCAACCUACCAGCUAAAGACAGACAAACGCCCUGAGGACAAGCUCUACGAUUUGCUCCCUGGCAUGGAGCUCACACCUAUGAACCCUGUGACCCUAAAGCCCCAGGGAAUCAAGCACGCUCCACAGAUCUUGGAGGAUAUCUGUCAGAAGAAUAAUUGGGGACAACCAGUGUACCAGCUUCACUCUGCCAUCGGACCAGAUCAGAGGCAGCUGUUCCUUUACAAAAUCACUAUCCCUGCUCUGGCCACCCAGUACCCCAACAUACACCCAUUCACCCCAGCUAAGCUGUGUGCAGCAGUGGAUGAAGCUAAAAUCCAUGCUGCAGAGCAUGCACUGCAGACUCUGGGCCUGCAGACAGAGGGCACUGAUGCAUCUGCUGCUGCCGCCGCCGCUGCUGCUGCUGCUGCCACUGCUGCUGCUGCAGCAUUUCCAGGUUAUGCAAUAGCCAACACUGCUGCCACAGUUGCUGCUUCCCAGCUCAAACAGACUGUGUCUCUGGGUCAGGACCUGGCGGCGUACACCACCUAUGAGGGUUAUCCAGCGUUCGCCGUGGCAACCCGUGGAGAUGGCUACGGAGUGUUUUAAAGCCAGCAACAAAAUCUCAGUCAGCCACAGUCAAACCUGCACGUGCCCAUUUCUGCCCCAUGCGGAAGUGUCUCAUGACACCUCAGCCUGAAGACACAUUGCUUUAGAGGAGCAGAGACCAUUGCUAAUAUUACCGUCCAGCAGAUUGCCAGCAUGAUUUAGCUCACUUUCCAAUAUCAUAGUACAUGGUUUUAACUUAUCUCAGGAAUGGACAAUCUGAGGGCUGUUAACAGCAAAGUUUCAAACACAUCUGUUAUAAAAAAGUACACUCAAUAUCCACUUUAGAAAAACACCUACAUUUACUUCCACUCACUGGCCACACUGUGAGGUCCACUUACCUUUUAGCCAGCGAGUGUAAGUCCUCCAUGUCCAUUACAUAAUGAUGAAGACUCUACGGCAACUGAAACAAGGUUGAAAAAACUGCCAAUAUAUUUUUAAAUGAUUGGAUAUGAUUACCUUGGUAGUGAAGAAGAUGUAAGAUUCAUUUCUCUUGCCAGAGAUACACCCUACUCAGUUUACUUCUGUUUGGACAACCUCGCGUUUUAUGUUUUUAUUAACGCUGCCUUUAAAUGAACUUUUAGGGAUGUCCUACACAGAAACCAGACUCUAUCCUAUAGACCAUGAAUACUCUGUAUCGCCAUAGAUAGCUUUCAUACUUCUUUGAUAUUUAAAGUUCGUGCUAGUUUUGUUUCAGUAUUUACUUUAACAAAGACAAUAUCAGGAAUGUUUCAUGUAAGGAAAAUGUGUGGACAUAAGCUGUCACAUUUACUGUUCAUCGUGUUUUUUUUCCUUUUCUUUUUUAACAAACGUGACACUUUUUAGACAUUUAGUUUAUAAGUCUUUUCCUUUUAUUACUGCAUUUAUAAAUGAUAGUUCCAGGCUUGCUACCUACUACAAGCUUUAAACAUCCCACCUCAUCCUUUGAUGAACGAUGACUGUGAGACGUUUCUCAUAACACGGUUUUGUCAGACAUGGAGAUGCCUAAGCAGUGACAGUAUUAAAGUGUGUGUAGCACUUAGAACUUAUUUUUGUACCAGAAUUCCAACGUUAUUUGUAUGACGUUGUUUUAAGAUGUUGCAAAUCAUCUGUCUCAGUGAUUGGCAUAAAACCUGAGGGAAAAUCAUAAGAGGGUGAUAUUUCAAUUCCAAACAUCAUUGUGCUGUGAAAUGAGAGGGAGUGAUGGGAUAAUUUGAAUCUGUCAUCUAGCAUCAAUAAAUUAAGUUCAAUUCUGAA